AUGGCAGCCAUUGUGGCGGGUGGAGGGACAGGUCCAGGUCCUGGAACUGGAACUGGAUCAGGUCCCGCAGCAGCCCGGGAGUUCGUGGAGGGCUGGACUUUGGCCCAAACCCUGGGCGAGGGGGCCUACGGAGAGGUGAAGUUGCUAAUCAACCGACAGACUGGCGAGGCUGUGGCCAUGAAAAUGGUGGACCUGAAGAAGCAUCCGGAUGCGGUUAAUUCGGUUCGGAAGGAGGUCUGCAUCCAGAAGAUGCUCCAACACACGAAUAUCCUGCGCUUUUUCGGCAAACGGUCGCAGGGCAACGUGGAGUACAUAUUCCUGGAGUACGCCGCCGGCGGAGAGCUAUUUGAUCGAAUCGAACCCGAUGUGGGAAUGCCACAGCACGAGGCCCAGAGGUACUUCACUCAGCUCCUGGCCGGGAUAAACUAUCUGCAUCAAAGGGGAAUAGCUCACAGGGACCUGAAGCCGGAGAAUCUCCUACUGGACGAGCAUGACAAUGUGAAGAUCUCGGACUUUGGCAUGGCCACCAUGUUUAGGUGCAAGGGCAAGGAGCGACUGCUGGACAAGCGCUGCGGCACUCUGCCGUACGUGGCACCGGAGGUUCUCCAGAAGCCGUACCAUGCCCAGCCGGCGGAUAUCUGGUCGUGUGGUGUGAUUCUCAUCACCAUGCUGGCGGGUGAAUUGCCCUGGGAUCAGCCGUCGGCCAAUUGUGUGGAGUUUAUCAACUGGAAGGAUAACGACCACUGGCAGACUCAAACGCCAUGGAGCAAGCUGGACACCCUGGCCAUCUCCCUUCUGCGAAAGGUCCUGGCCACCAGUCCUGGGACACGUCUGACUCUCCCCAAAAUCCUCAAUCACAAAUGGUGCAACAUGCAAUUCGUGGAUAAUGAACGCUCUAUCGACCUGGUGGACUCUGCUGCCGCCUUGGAGAUCUGUUCCCCGAAAGCCAAACGCCAGCGCCUCCAAUCCAGCGCCAAUCUCUGCAAUGGCCUGGACGACUCCAUCUCCAGAAACUAUUGCUCCCAGCCCACGAUGAGGACGGAUGAUGACUUUGAUCUGAGACCGCGCAGUGGCCGGCCCAAGGAUGGUGACGACUGCCAGGUUGUGGCCCAGGAGGCCCGUCUUGGCUUCUGCUUCUCGCAGCCCGCCCUGCUCGAUGAUCUGCUGCUGGCCACGCAAAUGAACCAGACCCAGAGUGCCUCGCAGAACUACUUCCAGCGCUUGGUGCGCCGCAUGACCCGCUUCUUUGUUACCACCCGAUGGGAUGAUACGAUCAAAUUGUUGGUCAGCACCAUAGACCGACUCGGUGGCUAUACCUGCAAGGUGGGGGAGGACGGUGUGGUCACCGUGUCCACCAUCGACCGGCACAAGCUGCGACUGGUGUUCAAGGCCCACAUCAUCGAGAUGGACGGAAAGAUACUGGUGGACUUCCGACUGUCCAAGGGCUGUGGCCUGGAGUUCAAGAGGCGCUUCAUCAAGAUCAAGACUGCCCUGGAGGGCUUUGUUUUAAAAGGACCCACCACCUGGCCCAUUGCGAUUGCCACGAACUCGGUGCCUUAGCUUUUAAUUUCCUCUUUUAAUCUUUAAAGACGCAUCCCCAGUCAGGAUGGGGUUUCAUCACAAUCUUAGCUGUAACGAAUCUUCUCAAUGUGCUAACUUAUUUUUUUAAUCCUUUGCAUUAUUUACGAUUACGUUUUGUGUUAGUUUGCAUUUCCCUCGAACGAUUUGAAUUUUGUUGAAUUGUUAAAGUCUCUCAAGUACUGAAUGUAACUAGUUUAAGUCGUUAUGGAACAAUAAAUCGAAGCUGAUUUGGAUUGAAA